AUGGGUUUCGAUCCAGCCGGCAAAUGUUUACUUAUGAUUAUGGCAAUUAUUUUACCUCCAGUUGCCGUUUGGCUUGCUCGUGGUAAAAUAUGCUCAUGUCAGGUUUGUCUAAAUAUUAUAUUAACAAUUCUUGGAUGGAUUCCUGGUAUUAUUCAUGCAUUUAUUGUCAUAUGUUGUUGUUCCGAUUAUCAAGCUACAUAA